UGACAUCUUCUGAGCAGAAUACAAAUGCAGCUACAUUUCCUCCCAGAGGUUUCUGACAUUCCUUCUACACGGAUAACAGACUCUCCUAAGAAGGUGUUGGUCACAAGGAAGAAAGAUCUUUGUUUAAUCCCUCUGAAAAGAAAUGGCUUCAGACAUACCUGGAUCGGUGACAUUGCCUGUUGCCCCAAUGGCGGCCACUGGACAGGUGAGGAUGGCAGGGGCCAUGCCUGCCCGUGGAGGAAAGCGGCGUUCUGGAAUGGACUUCGAUGAUGAAGAUGGUGAAGGUCCCAGUAAAUUUUCAAGAGAGAAUCACAGUGAGAUUGAACGGCGCAGGCGGAACAAGAUGACCCAGUACAUCACAGAGCUCUCUGACAUGGUGCCCACCUGCAGUGCGCUGGCCCGGAAGCCAGACAAGCUCACCAUCCUCCGCAUGGCUGUCUCACACAUGAAGUCCAUGCGGGGCACAGGGAACAAGUCUACAGAUGGCGCAUACAAGCCUUCCUUCCUCACCGAGCAGGAACUGAAGCAUCUCAUCUUGGAAGCAGCUGAUGGGUUCCUGUUUGUAGUAGCAGCUGAAACAGGGCGAGUGAUUUACGUGUCUGACUCUGUCACCCCUGUUCUCAACCAGCCCCAGUCAGAGUGGUUUGGAAGUACCCUCUACGAACAGGUGCAUCCCGAUGAUGUGGAGAAGCUGAGAGAGCAGCUGUGCACCUCAGAAAAUUCCAUGACAGGCCGGAUCCUGGACCUGAAGACAGGGACAGUCAAGAAGGAAGGGCAGCAGUCAUCCAUGAGGAUGUGCAUGGGUUCACGGCGCUCCUUCAUCUGCAGAAUGAGGUGUGGAAAUGCUCCUUUGGACCACCUUCCUCUUAACAGAAUAACCACCAUGAGGAAAAGAUUCAGGAAUGGCCUUGGCCCUGUAAAAGAAGGAGAAGCCCAGUAUGCAGUGGUCCACUGCACAGGAUACAUAAAGGCUUGGCCACCAGCAGGAAUGACAAUACCUGAAGAAGAUGCUGAUGUGGGACAAGGCAGUAAAUACUGCCUUGUGGCAAUUGGGAGACUCCAGGUGACCAGCUCUCCCGUGUGCAUGGACAUGAAUGGGAUGUCAGUGCCCACAGAGUUCUUAUCUCGCCAUAACUCUGAUGGAAUCAUCACAUUUGUGGAUCCAAGAUGCAUCAGUGUGAUUGGCUACCAACCCCAGGAUCUUCUGGGAAAGGACAUUUUGGAGUUCUGCCACCCUGAGGAUCAGAGCCAUCUGCGUGAGAGCUUCCAGCAGGUGGUUAAGCUGAAAGGCCAAGUACUGUCGGUCAUGUAUCGAUUCCGCACCAAGAACCGCGAAUGGAUGCUGAUCCGCACCAGCAGCUUCACAUUCCAGAACCCUUAUUCUGAUGAGAUCGAGUACAUCAUCUGCACCAACACCAACGUCAAGCAACUUCAGCAGCAGCAGGCAGAAUUGGAAGUGCAUCAGAGAGACGGGUUGUCAUCAUAUGACUUAUCUCAGGUCCCUGUCCCCAACCUAUCUGCUGGUGUUCACGAGGCUGGGAAGACUGUAGAAAAGGCAGAUGCAAUCUUCUCCCAAGAAAGAGACCCACGGUUUGCUGAGAUGUUUGCAGGAAUCAGUGCAUCGGAGAAGAAGAUGAUGAAUUCAGCCUCUGCAGCAGGAACCCAGCAGAUCUACUCUCAAGGAAGCCCAUUCCCUCCUGGACACUCGGGGAAAGCCUUCAGCUCUUCAGUGGUUCAUGUACCUGGAGUGAAUGAUAUUCAGUCCUCCUCCUCAACGGGCCAGAACAUGUCCCAGAUUUCCCGGCAGCUAAACCAGAGUCAGGUGGCAUGGACAGGGAGUCGUCCACCCUUUCCGGGACAGCAAAUCCCAUCUCAGUCCAGCAAGACCCAGUCAUCUCCCUUCGGGAUUGGAACAAGCCACACCUACCCGGCAGACCCCUCUUCCUACAGUCCUCUCUCCAGUCCAGCUACCUCCUCACCCAGCGGGAAUGCCUACUCCAGUCUUGCCAACAGGACUCCAGGGUUCGCUGAGAGUGGACAAAGUAGCGGGCAGUUCCAGGGGAGGCCCUCAGAAGUCUGGUCACAGUGGCAGAGCCAGCACCACGGCCAGCAGAGCGGUGAGCAGCACUCCCACCAGCAGCCCGGUCAGACUGAAGUGUUCCAGGACAUGCUGCCAAUGCCAGGAGAUCCCACCCAGGGGACUGGCAACUAUAAUAUCGAAGACUUUGCUGACCUGGGCAUGUUCCCACCAUUUUCUGAGUAACUGCGGGCAGAGCGAGGCUCCCACUGUAGAGUGCGACCCACGCCGUGACACCAAUGCCCAUGUGAAUGGGACCCCCCUAGCCUGGCUUGCCCUGAUGCAGGACCCCUCACCAAAAGCACCCCACCCCCACAUACCCUAGGCACAGCAUCGCUCAGCUCUAAUCCACAGCCAUGGCUUCUCGGCCACGGACCA